CAGGGCGGGCGGCGCCUUCCUGGUCCCCAAAAACCCGGUCAAGUCCACCCCAAGUGCUAACACGCUGGGCGCCAGUCAAGGGGACGACCGGGACCACAUGUCAGCCAGUUUCGCGGGUCCCACGUUUCGCGGCAGUAGCUCAAGUUUCCUGUAUGGCCAAAGUGCUGGCGGCUCGGGGCACAACGUAACUAGCGGUCUGGGCGACAGCUCGGGCUCGUUCAUAGAAGAGGAAACUCAGGAGCGCCGGGUCAUUGAGUCUCGGACCGAGGAAAUCCGCACCGUGCGUAGAAUCCGCAGGACGCGGUCUCGAAACCAGGCCGCAACUGAGAUUCCUCCUCUUGCGAUCGAGGAGACUGUGUGGUACAGGACAGAAAGUGGCCACAAGGUGGCCCGGCCUGGAGGGCUGCCGCCUAUCACUGAUCGCGAGUCGGCCAUCAGUCGGUCCAUGAUCAGUGGACCAGGGAGGACGGUGACGGAGAGCCGACAGUCUGCCGAGGAGCGCACCGAAAUGGACAAUGUCAGCGAGCGCGCUAUGAGUACGAGCUACGCAUCGUCCCAGUACUCGUUCGGUGAGGUGGCGUCCGCCGACAGGAUGAGGCUCAUCGAGGGAACCACGCCCGUAGCCGAAGAUUCCUCGCCUAUCGCGUCGGCGCGACCUUCCACCGUGUCAAUGGGCGAGAUAGGUGCUUUCUCGGACAGAGCCGACUCGGCGGCAAAAGCGGUGAGCAGCACAUCCUCCAUGUACAGCCUACCUGCGGAAGAGCAGGACCUGAACGCGCUUGCUCCGUGGAAGCCGGCAGUCCCCGAUGAGUCGAUGCGCAAGGAAAGCUGUGGAUUCGAAAGCAGAGCCUCUGACAAAGGUGGAUCUGAGAAGUCUUUUCCGGCCGCCUCAGUGGAAAGCAUCGAUAUAUCAGACUACAAGACCAUUUACGGAAAGUCCCAGAGCGAAGAGAAGCAACUGAAGGACGAGCUGGACACCAUCGACGAAGCAACUACGGUGGUGUCGCUUACAAGCGAAGCUCGCGAUGAGCCGGCAGAGACAAAACAGAAGACACAGCCAUUCACCGAGUUGAUGCCACUAGAUGAGUUCAUGGAUCUUGAAGAAAUCGCACAGCUUUGCGCUGAACACGCGGCUGCUGAGGUGCAUAGACGAAUGUCUGCUGCUAGCCUCCACGGCGAGAAACCUGAAGAUAAGCCGCCAGCCGAAACGAAGACAACAGAUCAGAGCACAACGAAGAAACCGGGCGCAGAGCCUGUCACCGGGACUGACGACAGCACUCAAGCCAAAAUAAAACUGGUGCCCCACACAGACACUCUGAGUAGUGUACAGCCUGAAAGAAGUAGCAAAGACGCCAUAAGUCACCCAACAACAGACGCAGUGUUGAGUAUAGCCGGGCAAAAGGCCUUUAUCGAACCGGGUCAUGUGCAGCCUGAGCAGGCGCCGCAUUUAUCAGUUCUAGAAAUCAAAGAGGUCCAAGAAAUGGCGUCCUUUGAACAGAGAACACUUAAGCCCAAGAAAGCAAACCUGACCAACGCGGUCGUCAGCGAAGCCUUGACACAACCUACUGAAGGGGCAAGGACAGACGCCGGCGCUAACAAGACCACAGCGCCGGACAAACAGCUAGAUACAGCUGAAGGUCCAGAGCACCCCACAACUUACGUUCCUCGCGAAGGUGAAACGAGCGGCCCCAGCGUACCGGAAGUGGAAAAGCCGCGUGCAGCUGAAGAAACCACGGAUGACGGAUACAAGCUCGCAUUUUAUCCACCGGAGAGGCAGGAUGUUGAACAGAAAUCUGCAAGUGACAAUGAUAGCCAAGAAGUCCCGUACCUAGAAGUUGAAUCGCCGGCAAGCACAGACAGCGGCAAUGCCGAUAGCACCAACAUUCCGCUGCAAGACGCAAACAAUGUCGACCAUGAUAACAUUUUGGAGGAAACUGUACCACAUGCAGCUUUGAGCGACCAGUCCGAAGUGUCUGAAGGUAAACCUUCCAAGACUGCCUCUGAUGAAAAAUUGGGACAGUUGGGAAAUGCAGAGCGCCUGUCGCAAGCUCCGCUGGCUAGUGAGACGAAUGACAAAAGUUCCCUGCUCGAGUACCAUGCAAAAAGCCUGGCGUCGCGUGAAAACGCUGUCAAGUCACCAUCAAAGCGCUCUUCUACUUCAAGUUCAGUGAGUAGCGUACGCGGAGAAAAGUGCGCAUCAGACCACACUGUGACGGAAAGGGGCACGACUCAUGAUGAGUGCGCCGAAAUGAGUAACGCGACCGACAAGAGUGAAAGUUCUGAUCUCGAUAUUGACAACAAACGGCUAAAUGAGACAAGGGCUGACUUUCUGUUCGAGGCGAGCGAUAUUAGGCCCCAAACGACGUCUAGCGAACCCGCGCUUCACCCAGAAGAGACGGCUGAACUGCGAAAGAAGGUGGUCGAUGCUGCUGACAUAGAACAAGAAAAAAUGCCUUCAACUGCGAGGGCGCUUGUCCCUCGUGGUGAACUCGCCUCAAACGGUAACCUGGUUGAGAAGAAAUCAAGUACGGAGAUAACUUCUGCUGACCGAAGCAGAAUCCCAUCCUUUGAAGGUGGCUUUCCGGCAGAAGAUAUCUACAGAGGUGUAUUCGUUGGACUCAGUGAGGCCGCAAGUGAAGCGUUUUCUCCGGAGUCCAGCAAGCUCAACGCGAAAGUGACAACUAGUGAAGCCAGUCCCUCGAAAUCACGCUUGCUCCCUGGAGAGAGAAGUGAACUGCCACACAGCCUUAUAGGUGCUAUCGACAAAGAGCGUAAAGAAGUGCAUUUACACGAGGCGCUCGUUCCACUUUUUGAAAACGCCUCUAAGGAAGACUUGGUCGAGAAGAAAUCAACUGCAGAGGCAACUUCUAUUGACCGAAGCAGAAUCCCCUCCUUUGAAGGCGGCUUUCUGGAAGACACGUACGGAGCUGUUUUUGGUGGAUUUAGCGAGGCCGCAAAUGAAGCAUUUUCUCCGGACUACAGCAAGCACGACGUGCGCAUGCCGGCUAAUGAAGCCAGCGCGCACAAACCGCCGCCUUCCUAUGAUGUAGCCGACAUACAUGAAGAGGAAAAAAUUAAAUCAGGCAUAGAGACAAUAAAUAAAAGGGAGCGGAGUGACAGCUGCUGGCACUGUCAAGUAGAAAUGGCGCAAUUGAAGUCCAGAAAAGCGAUGUUGGCUGGAAGCCUGGAGAGCCUUUCAAAAAGUUCAGGGUUGACUACAGCCGUCACAGAGGUGAAUCUGCAAGGAAUUUCUGGCGUAUCCGACAAAACCAUUGCGCCGGACCGAAUGUUGGCUGCGAGUCCCGAGGCUCAUUUGGCAGAGGUGAUGACCGUUGUGACAGAGGUACCCAGAAAAGCCUCCGAGGGAGCUGCUUCGGAGGUAAAGUCUUCAGACGACUCUGAGGUGCCGGAUAAUAUUUCACGGAAAAGUAGUUUUGAGCAUCAACAGAUAGAAGACCUGCCAGAGGCGAUCUCUGCUUUUGCAGUAGACCACCUAGAAGUAUAUAGUCCAGUUGAAGAGCCGGCACCGCUAGAGAGUGCAUACAAAGCGGUCGAAGUUUUCACAUAUCCUGAGUGGGUCUCCCGUAAACUCGGCGAAGGAAAAAGUAGCUCGGUGUUCAGCUCGGAUGCCGAAAUGCAAUCCGGAUCAUCCACAGUGCCUACAAUCGGUUCUAACGGAUUUUCACCACCUCCAGGAGACGUUCAUUCCGACUCUGGCGAAAGCAUGUCAACUGCUUACGGAAAUACGAUACCUCAAGGGGUUGAUAGUGGAAUGGUCUGUGAAACAACGUACACUGCUGAGGACACCACAGCAACUAGGACUGCAGUACCUUCAGCAAUGUCGACGGCCUCACUGGCGGGUAGUGCAGGCACUUCUGCAUUUUUUCCUUCUGCAACCAUCACCAUUGACAUGUCCAGCGCCGGAAGCGAAUACAGAGCAGGAGUUGAAGUACCUUCAGACGGGCUCGAAAAGAGCGCUUGUAAGUCUGCGGCGCUGACUUUUUCGAAAACUACCGAAAAUGUCCCGUCUGACUCAUAUUUAGCUCACGGUGGAGCAACAGAGACGCCUUCAAGCCAGAAGCUAAGUAUUCCUGCUGUGGUGACAGUAGCGGAACCAGAGACACCGUCGCGAAAGAUGGCAGAGAGCAGCAAGCCUCAUUACGUUUUACACAAAACGCGAAUUUUUGCUACGACCCCCGCCCAGUCCCUUGAACUCGUCGAGGAAACUGUUACUCAGAUCGCGUCCUCUGAGCUAACUGAGGAUGCUACUAUCACUAAGGAUCACCCGGUAGAAUCAAGACCACAAGAAUGUGUGACAGCGCAGGCAUCAUCUGAGAGGCCAGUAAACCAGGCGUCAAUGAACCCGUCGCUAGAGAAGUGGGAAACAUUGCUCAAGAAGCCAUCAUCAAACUUAGGAUGCGCCGAAGAAGGAAGCAUAAAGGAGUCAUUUGGCUCACAGACUCAACCGCUUAAAGAGCGCACGACAAAAGACAAAAUAAUGCGCUCCCAAAGAAGUGCUGCCACAAAGCCGCCUUUACUACAGCGUACUCGCAUUUGCGCAGAGGGCUUGAGCCAUUCCGUGGAACUAAUAUCUGAGCAGUCUUUCAUAAAAGAUCUCAACAACGAUUCUAAUACUAGCUAUUACCGUGUUCAAACACCGUACCACGAAAGCGCUGGACAUCUAAGCUUCCUUAGCCGGCUCCCAGGGCUCAAAGACGUCUUGGACAUUAGUAGCGUAAGUGAAGAGGAUGAAAAAGCCAUCAGUGCCACUUCUAAGGCAGACGUGCCCAGGAAGAUGGAAAAGAUAGGUAAAAAGAUAUCUGAAAUCAAUUUUAAGAGGGCGCUGCUUCAAGAUGCCUUCGACAUGGAAAAGAAUCCAAAGCGGGUCGACAAAAUCAAGAUGAUGGUUGAUGCGCUCAACAUAACAGAAAGUGCACUGCAGCGGAAUUUAAGCAGCUUGGCACACAAAAACGCUUCUUUUGCUGCAUUUGGUAACAGAUCUGAGGAGGUUUUCAGUGCCACUAACCGAGACGACACAAUAAAGGAGUCAGAGCCAAUCCAGACUAGAUUCCCUUCCGAUGUAUUCCGUGACAAAAUGGACCCACUUCCGACAACAGUGAACACGCUAAAAGCGGGCAACAUAUACGAAGAUACAGUCACGUCCUCACACGAAAUAAUGCGAGUCAAAACCGCUGCUCUAGGUCAGGGUCAGUUUGAGCAGGCCAUAGAGGUCUUUCCUACAAAAGUGUAUGCCGCUACGAAUUACCUCACUGGCCCAGUCGGAGACAGAGCGAAGGCGCCUAUUGGCAGCGGCACAUGCGAAAACCAGAAGCCAGGGGAAGCUAGCAGUGAUUCUGACGCAUCAAGAGCCAUUAAGGACAUUCCAGAAAGGAAGACUGUGUCGGAACCAAGCUUUUCAAACUCCAAACAGCCGAAUAUGGAUGGGGAAACUGAAUCAUUGGGAAGUGCGGCAGGUCACAGACAGCCGAGUCAAAAAGCAGUAACGCCAGCUGCAAUUAAGGAAGAGUCGUCGUUCACUGACAAGGAAGCCUUCAGAAUGCACAACGGCACAGAGACGUCAACAGAGCGGUCGUCUACGCAUAUCAAGGUCACAGACUCUGUUGUUAACUCCGAAGGCCCUAAUGAGCAAAAUCUCGCUGCCGGGACCAACACGCGUCCACAGUGCAGUUUCAGUGGUUUCACGAGCGGUACGGCACCGGUGGCCGUCCAGGUACCUCUUUCAUCUCUAAGCCAGGUCUUAUCUCAACAGCCUCUCAAGGUAGUGAAACGGAAGGUGGUGUUAGAGACGGUCACAAAGACAGUAACGGAAAAGAAGGAAAGUGUGAAGGCCGUUACGAACCAGAGCACGGGCAUCGAGCACAAAGACUCCCACCUGGAGUCCACCACCAAGGAAGAAGUGCAGAGCAAAAGAGAAGAGGAGACCAUCGAGUCGUACGACUCGAUCGCAAAUGUUGUAAGGCAAGGCACCGUUUCGAAUCCGAUCAUAGCGUCCAUGGUCGAAGACAAGCAGGCGAGUAUUGUGAGCAGCCCACUAUUAAGGAGUAGUCCGAAAGCGGUAGACUCUCCAAAGGAAAGCGCUGCCUCGCAGUCUGCGCCCGACAUCAAGGGUGUUAAGGAACAGAUUUGUCAAACGCCCGAGAGAGUCAAGCGAGCGAAGCAACCAGUGGCGAUAAGAGUUCACGACGACACCUUGGCCGAGGAUGAAGAGAUCGCAUCGCGCAAGGAAGAACACGGUCACAUGGAUCUCGAACCAAAGUCUAUACUGAAGCCGCUUAAUCGGCCGGCAGCGCACGAAGCGCACGAUGCACCACCAGAUAAGAAGCACUUGGGCUUCCAAGAAGCUGAAAAGGCUGACAGCGCACCACCGCCGUCAGUACUGCCAACAGCCGGCACAAGAAAUGAUGAAGACGAUGCAGAGGAAUCAGCUCUACCACCGCCACGCUUCAAGUUCAAUCGCAAGGAUUCUAUCGCAGUCACAAAGCUUCGUAUGAUGAAGCAAGCAGAAGAAUUCUCAGAGGAAGAGGAUGAAGACAAGAAAGAUUCCGAGAGUUUUUUAGCCAGUAGCGCGGCUGCGGAUGACAGGAGAGGCGAAAAGCAUACCGUGUUCAAGCCACCGGUCGUGAUUGGCAUCGAGGAGCCGCAGCCGGCAAGUACUACAGACACGGCCCAAAUCGACAACGAAGAAGUGAACGCCUCAAUAUCUAAAAGCGCCAUCACGACACAGCCUUUGGUCGAGUUAACGGUUGUCGAUGCGAAGGAGGGAGAUAGUAGCGCCAAAAAUACGACAGAGGAGAACAGCGCUGGAGUGGCUCGAAAGAAGCUCAGUAAUGAAACAGCUACUGGUGGACGUGAAAGAAGCCCCAGUGACACUCGGAGCUCAUCAAAAGAAACGGAAGAUCCAGGGAAAACUUCGGACAAUACUCAGAGUCUCGAAAAAAGAGAGGAGGAAACAGAAAAAAGCUUCAAUGACACCUUUGGCAGCACAGCAGGAGGUAUAAGCACGUGCUCUAUUAAAAGUCAGAAAAAGGCAGUACACGCGAAAGAGAGCUUUACCGAGACCCUAAAACAUCAGAAGGCAGACCAUGCGGAAAUUAACCUCGCAGACAAGCAUACAGAACGCAAAGGAGCCGUCGUUUUUGGAGCCCAGGACGAGGAUCAUAACAAGGGGGUAUCUGAAACCAGUACUGAGCAGUCGCGUCCGAUGAAUAUGCUACCCAUCGUGCUGGACGCAAGUCAAAUACAAACCCAAGCAACAGUGGCAGACGAGAAGGCAAUCAUGGAGCCUUGCAUCAACCGAUCCGUGAAAGAGGUGAAGAAUGUUGAGAACUCUGUCGUUACUUCCGAAACGGAAGAAGUAUUCUACUACCCGAAAGAAAAGGUCACCAAGAAGCAUAUAUCGGAAACAAAGGUUCUCACGGAGACGCGGUCUUACACAGAAAUAGUAAUAGAGCCGAACUACAGUGGAUCGUCACUGAUGCCCGCUAUACCUGAAGAAAACGAGCAGCUGCCUAUAGCAGCUGCUUCGUCUGGAGAAAUCUUGGCUGGUGGAAGUAGCAGCUGCAGCCUUUCAACAGAAGCAAAGGAAACUGAAGGAUUUCGGGGAGUGGCUUCGAUUUCCAAAGCUUUGUACAGAGAGAAAGAAGCAAAAGACGCCGAACGUCCGCUUGCGCUUCGGAACCAGCUUGCUCUCGAUGACAGCUGUAGCCGCGUUGCUCGGAAGACUGAUUCGUUCCAAACGCUCACUGACUUCGCCCCUUAUGAACCAGAGGGGCUACUUUCCAUUCAGUCUACGGCCAUCCAGGAAACAACCAAGCCACUUGACCGUGUUGGAGAUCAGACGAUGGUGGAGCUUCCCUCGAGUGAUUUUGACACAUGCAAGGGAAUUUUUGACAGGCCUCAUCACGAGCAUCGAGAGCUGCGUUCUGUUAGCGGCAGUGGCACCAAAGACGACGAUGCAUUGUCCGGCCCCACAGAAUUGCUUUCAACUGCAAUGGACGACAUGGCCAUUGGCGCGCUGGAAACGACGAGGGACAUAGAUAGCUCUAUUAGGCGCCAACCAGACGUCAGAUGCAUUCAGACCCGUCAGCAGCCCAAGGAGAUAACUGCCACAUCGUCGUCCGAAUUGACUAGCCGAACCAAAGAUGUAGCGGUUGAAGAAACCUCUGCGCCAUACGGCACAGAAUCAGAAAAACCAUGGCGCACUUACGAUUCUGAGAAAAGCGGAGGGUAUAUUGAACAAGAUGCUUUCAAAAAUUACGGACGACUAGCUCCUCCAGAAGUCAUUGCAAAUACUGUGUUGGACACACACACAAAAGAGGUGACCCCUGAACAGGUGGGACGCGCAUCUCUUGAUAACGAGGUCUCACAGGAACUUAUUCCUCGAGAGGAAACCACGCACGCUGUUUUUAAAUACCCAGAGGAAAAACGCCCGGCCACAGAACCAACAUCCCAGCCGUUGUCAACGACGCCCAUUUCCACAACCUCGGAAGCACCAACGGCAUCUGCGUCUUCAAAGCUAGUCCUUUGCGAAUCGGAGUCUCUAAAAACAUCAGCAAAAACAGCCGAAUCUGUUUCGGAACAAGUUAAAGAGGAGAAAGUUGUAGCUCAUAGGAAGAUAUCUAUGCCGGUGGACUCGCUAAGCCGCCACUCAGACGUCAUAGUGCCGGAAUUUGGGCCACUGACAGCAGACGUCCGCAGUGUGCGUGCAACGGUGGGAGAAGGCACGAUCAAAGCUGCAGAAUCUUCGCCCGUCACGUAUGAUGAUUCCUCAGCGAAUGCUUUCGCAAGUGGUAUUUCAGGCACCUCAGUGACCACUUACGAAUCUGCUGCAGACUUACUCGGAGAAAGGCGUGAUUCACUCACUAUGGAAGUGAUAUACGACGCAGACAAAAAACCAACCAUUACUCAGGAUGCGUUUCCCAUGUCACCACAACGAAGUGAGCAAUCUCACCGGACUGUUCAACUCCCUCAGUUCAAAACAAGUGUCGGAGCAAAAGAUCAAAUAGAGAAGUUUUCGCUACCCGAGAUAACGCCGAAAUCUGAACAAAGUCAAGGUGAGAUACAGUCUGUGAUCCCCGUGCACUUCGUAGAUGGACUUCACAUACCCUAUGAAGUACCAGCCCAUGCAACAGGCUAUACGUCCGAUAGAGUCCCCGCUUCCUUUCCUGUAAAUGCUGAAGAGAAAGAUUCGUCUGAAAAAUACUUCAGUAGCGGGUCUCGCGAAUCGACAGCUGUCAUCCCUACACAAGAAAAAGAACUCAUAAUUAAGAAUUAUGAAAUUUCAGAAAACUCGAAAGAACGCGAUGACGCAGAAACAAGAUUGUCUGAAAGGAUUGCGUCUGUAUACACUCAGCACGAAGUGUUUAAAAAUGCUACAGAUAGCAGUGCUUCACAAAGUGCACUUGGUACACUUGUGCCCUUCUCUGAGCAAAAGGCGUUGCUGUUGGCAGAUUCUGACUCUGUAGCAUUAAAAGAAAUGGUUUUGGAGUCAUUAGAGCAAAUGCCAGAAUUGCUAACGUCGGAGCAAAGACUCAGAGAUAGCGUCUUGAAAAAGGGCGCAGUUACCACUUCUGCAAUCACAGAAGCACAAGAGGUUCCUUGCCUGGCAUAUGUAGAUGUUGUGCCAGCGGAAAACGCUGUCAACGGCGAGGCUACAGUUCCCACUUCCAUAAUUUCAGCAGCAGCGACCGACUCGCAAGGUGCGCUGAUGCAAAUAAGUGCUAGAGGUCCCUUUAACAAAAGCGACGCUUCGCCUGUAUUGACAUCGGCUGUGGAUGAGUCAUUGACCAAGGAGAUUGCAGCCAAGUUAAGCUCUCUAAUUGAAAGUGUGGAGCAUACUUCAGCUUCGCAGAUAACUGUUCCCGCAUCGUGUACAAUAGUUCCAAAACAACAAGCACCAAGCACUGAAGAAAGAAAAAUAGAAAUAACACAUGAGUCAGCAAUCAUUGCUAAGCCGGACCAUGUUGUCGAGAGGCCGUUGGUUCAUGACAAUAAUCUAAAAGACACGGGGGAGUUUGUGGUUUCUACCGGGUCUUCUUUAGUAAACCCAACGAUAGAAUCCACCACGACAGUUUCCAAGCCGACAGCUAGUGUUCUUGAAGGAAACAGAGAAAUAAGUACUGCACCGUCAACAUACAUGUCUCAGCGAUCACCCGCCGAUCGUUCAAAAGGUAGUCAUGAUUGGAACUCCGUAUCGGUGUCUGAGACUGCUGCCAAUUUCACGGAAACUGAAGCAAGCCUUGUCAGUUACAAAACUCCUCUAGCCAUAAGCGAAGCCGCUCCAACGCUUCCAGGCGAAGGCUGCGCACUACCCGAUAAACUUAACGGUAAUGAAAGACAAGUGGUAACACGAUUGCCCUUCAUGACCCCUGAAGCUACAUCUCCCACUGGCGAAACGCUCGGAAGUUCCACAGAGGCCAACCUGCCGUGUGUGAAAAGAGAGAGGUCCAUAGACUCGGCAGGCAUACCAGACGUUAAUGCUUCGUCGUUCAUGUCACAAAUACCAACCACGCCACAAUCCACAGACACAACUUGCGAGAGCAAAGCACUAGUGUCCAUAAUCGAACAUUCUUUCUCCGAUGGCGUAAGGUCUCUCCAACUAACACUUAAGACCAGCAAUCAAGGGUUUCAACAGCAGGCAGCCGAAGGACGAAUAGUAGCUGUUCUCAAGAGCACGGAACCGACUAAUGUCAACGGAGAAAGUACAGAUGCUCUUGAAAAUAUAUCAACGUCUCUGGUAACAAGUCAGCUGAAUGAAACCUCCCCCGCAACCCACAUAGAAAAUAAUGAAAAGCCGCUGAUAAGUUUCGCAGAAAACAUCGAGACAAUGACUUUGAGUCUAUCCACUAUAUGUAAACGGCGGUCAGAAUCGGGUGACUUAAGUGAACUCGACGGCGACAGAAAUCUCGCACCUUCCAGUAUACCAGCCGUUCCAGAGAAGGUACCGGCAUCGAAUAUUAAACCAAGGUCUGGAAGUGUGGAAAUGCAGCUGUCGAACACACGUUUAAAACCAAAGAUUAGCGAGAGCGAGAGUCAAGUUCCUGAUAAAUUACUACUCGCAUCUGUAAGCUUGAACCUUCAGGAAGUGACAUCAACCUUACAACCAAGCUUCAGAGAUGACCAAGCGCCCACUAUCAUGACCGAGUUUCCAGCAAAAGCACCCCUACAGAGAGAGGGUGCUGUGCCAAGCAUUUCUGCAUUGACAGAGCCACUGUCACUGAAAGAGCCGGGUGCUCUAUUAAGUUUCAGCAGCGAUCAGAUUUCAAAAACAGUCAAGGACGCAAAGCCAAACGUAGCGCCAACGCCCAUUUAUCCUGCCGCCACUGCCCAUAAAAAUGCGCCUGGUGACGCUGCACAAAUGGCAGUAACAACCACAGUUCCUUCAGUAGCCACACAGUCGAUAUCUGCAAUAAAAUUUACAUCAAAUGUCAUGGCUAAAACUCCAUAUACAGAUAUCUUGCCGAAAAGAAGCGGUUCUCUCCGUUCGGCGGAGUUCCUACAAGAAACGUUUCCUGAAGAGGAAGUAGAGCCUGGCAUCGUGCGAAGGCGCAGCUGUUAUGAAAGCCUCGCGCUGCUGCCAGAACCAAGCAUAAUAGCGAGAACUUGCGGGAAUCCGAGCGUCGCUAAUGAAAACGAGCCAGUCGGACUCGCGACACUGCAAAAGACUGACACAGUAGCUGCGACAGCUAGAGAGGUGAUUUCCGAUAAGGGCAGCACUGCGAGUUCAGUAGUAGAAGUAUUGGAUACAAGCAUCGCACGAAGGUCCCGUGAAUCUAUAAUAGCAUUCCGUGACACAAGAACAGUAGCGACAAGUGGUCGGCCGAGUAUUGAAACCACGGCAUCCAUUUCUGUAAAGAUAUCAGCGGCUGCUGAAGUACCCAAAGCCAGUGGUGAAAUUGUUCGCGCAGAGGAUCAUAUUACAGAUUCAGUGGUGGGCGUGCGAAGUUCCGGUAUCGUACGCAGAGCUAGUGCGCUCGCAACUGGCAACACAGGAGCAAUAUGUACAAGGUUGCAGGCACAUUCCACUGCCCCUGAAUAUGGUGGUCAUGAAAGCCGCGAGACUGAGAUCACGUCGAGCAUGAAUGUGGAUUACCGCGAAAAGGCUGUGGUGCCGAAGUACAGCCAUCGCGAAAGCAGUGAUACGAAUGAUAUCCUGACUACCAUCUCGCAGUCUCGGCCAGGUACGGCGGUGUCGAGAUCAAGCGCUGAAAUAAGGUUUUCGGACGAGAGUAAAACAGGAGCAACCCUGGAGUUUCAAGAAACAAGCAUCACACAAAAAUCAUCUGAUGGUGCCAGCGUAGCUGACAAAUCGCAUUCAAUUUCGCAAUCUUCGGCAGCUGUUGUAUCCCUACGUCCCUUAAGUGAAUGUGUCAGAACAGAAAACAAGUCAACUACGCUUGUCGCAAUGCCGGAAAUAGGAGUUGUGAGGCGGCCCAGCUUUCCUGCAAGCAUCGUGCAGUACACGGCGUCAGGAAGCUCGGCGUCAACAGAUGUUUCGCAUGCUAAGAUGCUAUAUACAGAUACCUUGCCGAGAAGCAGCGGUCCCCUCCACCUGGCUAAGUUCCCACAAGAAAGGUUCCCAGAAGAGAUGGUAGAGCCUGGCAUCGUGCGAAGGCCCAGCCAUUCGGAAAGAAUUGCGCUGCUGCCAGAACCAAGGCUCAUACCGAGAACUUCCGGGCAUCCCAGCGUCACUAAUGAAAAGGAGCCACACGGACUCGUAGCAUUGCAAAGGACUGACAGAGUAGCAGCGACAACUGGAAAGUUGACUUCUGAAAAGAGCGGCACUGCGAGUUCAGUAGUAGAGUUAUUGGAUACAAGCAUUGUACGAAGGCCCAGUGAAUCUAUAAUAGAAUUCCGUGACACAAGAGCAGUAGUGACAAGUGGUCGGCCGAGUAUUGAAACCAUGGCAUCCAUUUCUGUAAAGAUACCAGCGGCUGCUGAAGUACCCAAAGCCAGUGGUGAAAUUGUUCGCGCAGAGGAUCAUAUUGCAGAUUCAGUGGUGGACGUGCGAAGUUCCGGUAUCGUACGCAGAGCUAGUGCGCUCGCAACUGGCAACACAGGAGCAAUAUGUACAAGGUUGCAGGCACAUUCCACUGCCCCUGAAUAUGGUGGUCAUGAAAGCCGCGAGACUGAGAUCACGUCGAGCAUGAAUGUGGAUUACCGCGAAAAGGCUGUGGUGCCGAAGUACAGCCAUCGCGAAAACAACGAUACGAGUGAUAUCGCGAUCACCAUCUCGCAGUCUCGGCCAGGUACGGCAGUGUCGAGAUCAAGCGGUGAAAUAAGGUUUUCGGACGAGAGUAAAACAGAAGCAACCCUGGAAUUUCAAGAAACAAGCAUCACACGAAAAUCAUCUGAUGUUGGUACCAGCGUAGCUCAUAAGUCCCAUUCAAUUUUGCAAUCUUUGGCAGCUGUUGUAUCUCUAUGUCCCUUAAGUGAAUGUGUCAGAACAGAAAAUAAGUCAACUACGCUUGUCGCAAUGCCGGAAAUGAGCGUUGUGAGGCGGCCAAGCUUUCCGGCAAGCAUCGUGCAAUACACGGCAUCAGGAAGCUUGACGCCAACAGAGGAUGUUUCGCACGUUGUGGACGCCAUCGAAGAAAUCAGCACACUGAGACCACCUAGCAAUCGUUAUAGCGCAUCAGUACCACCUGUUAUCGAAGCGGCAACAGAUACCAACGUUUUGCGCAUAUUGGAAGCAAAGCCUGUACUUACAGGAGUCCCUUCAUCCCAAAUAUCAAUCGUGAAGAGAAAAGAGUCUGAACAAAGGGCACUUGUUCCACUGAGCAUUUUAUCUAAUCAUUUGGUCGAACGAAGAAGAGAAACUCUACUAAACGAUCCUGUACAGAUAUUGGAACGUGCUACUAUAGCCGGAAGAGAAGCUCAAGGUGCGGUCGAAGCACUGAACAGAAAUAUUGAUAGAACUGGCUCAGAGGCUUCGUUGUCGCUUGUGGCAGCUCCUGCAUCAGAUUCCCUCGUACACAAAGUGUCUGAAACUGAGACCGCGGCUUCCGACGGCUUGGUGUAUGGUGAUGCAAAAGAGCGCUCUAUUCAUGACAUAUCACAAGAAUUGGCUGUUGACGUAGUAAAGAAGAAGCUAAGGUCCGUAGUCGAUGUCUCGGCUACACAGGACAAACUAUUAUCCGAGCAUAAUUUAAAAUCUCAUGAGCAGCCCUUUUUAGAAAGAAACGUCCAUCCACAACAGGAAUAUGUUGUGGCAGAAGUUCAAGUUUACGAACUUGAACGUGCAGCCCACACAGUAUCGAAAACCAGUUGUGAAUUGAGCCACGCUAAUGACAGCACAUCAACGACAACCGGGAAGUUAAUAGAAAAUACUGGUGCACGUAUAGCCAGUGACGCUGUCGGCACCGCAACUGACAACCAAUCCAGCACUACUUUUAAUCUUCAAGGAGUCAUGCUACCAAGCUCAGGGGACGCAACAAACCUUGCAGCUGAAAAAAGAUUAAUCGCUACGAUAGAGACUCCAGCAGCUGCGCUUACGGCUAAUGCUCAGGCAAGCUCCAAAGCUGACGCUGUGGCAACCGGCAGCAAACCUGAGAGCAAAGUGGCACCAGCAAGUGAACGGAGCGUUGUGACCAAAUCGGCGUCAAAAGCCCUAUCAAUUGGUCGUUCUCUCGCUGACGUAUCACCUGCAUUAGAAAAACAGAAAGUCAUUGCUGAUCUUUCAUUGCCCGCACGACAGCUAGACGUCAACAUUGCGAGGCAAACAACUGCAGUCCAUGAAAAGGUAUCUACGGCGUUUGCACUUCAGCAGACAAACUCUUUCAAAGCUGAAACUAUAGCUGACACAACCGAGGCGCUAAGCAUACGUAGAACUGACGACAUGGCUACAGCACAUUCGUCUUCGCUUGUCACCGCCAAUGCCUCCCCAUCUGUGGAUGCUACAGGAGACUUGGUUGAACUUAUCAGCCCUGAAGUCACCGAAGCUUUCGAACAGCUGCAGUAUGCUUUCGGUGUGCGUCUCGAAGACGCCAGUUAUCAGUCGCCGUCGGCUGACGUACACCCAAUGCAAGACCCGCCAGAAGUUCCGCUCUCCCUUGAAGUUCUUGGUAGGCCACUCCCCGCAAAGCACAUUGAUAUAAGGCGCCAGGAACCCGCACAAAUUGGUACUUCGCCUUCGCCAUAUUCCGCAGUAGGCUAUGCCUCCCCUGACGUUCCAUCCGGAGAGAUCAUUGAAAGAAAGGUCUCGGUUGAUGCUGAAUCUACACAAACAGGCAGACCUAAAACAAUGAAAGACCUAACGGCGUUGUUCGAAGCACCCAGGUCUAUAGAGCAACCCUCUUCUAGAAUGACUACUGGGGACGAGUCUGAACGACGAAGAAUUAAUUAUAAGCCGCUCAACAGGUUCCAAGAGGAAAGAGCGGGAAUGUUUGCGACUUGCAGGCAGGACACUACUUCAAUCAUGCUGUCACCAGGUACCUUCGGACCACUGGUGCCAGGUCCUCAGAAGCAAGAGACACGCUCUGUUCCAGAAAGCACCUUACCUUCUGCCUGUUCUGCGGAUGUGCAGAGUGCCGAUGGUAAACACGGAGACGUGACCCACACGGUUAGGGACCGAACCGACGCACUUUUGUCCAGUCCUUUUGCAUCGCCCGCGGGCACGAUGACAGGUGGUUCAUCAAUAUUCGCGGCCAGCGAGAAGCUCGCAAGCAUGUCAGAGACAGAGACUUUCAGGUCAUUUAACACAGACCGAGACGAAAACAAAGUUGUCGCUGUUUUUCAGGGGACAGAACCAUCGGCCCCGGAAGUGAGAACGCCGGCACAGUUGCGCAAUGAAAGGGAUCCUCGUGGCUUUAUAGAGUGGAUGCCAGUGGCGAAAGAGCAAAUAAUGACCAUCACGGAUGACGAAGAUGUAGUGAGAACAGCUUCUCGGAUGUACAGUGCUACUCAGCAACAGCUUCUCACAAAGGGUACUUCUCAGAAACCAUCUUCAAAUGCUGCGGAUCUUACUAGCGAGCCAUCUACCAGCAAGGACUCCACGGAAUGGUCACCGUCUUCGCUCAAACGCAAAAGCGCGAGUUACAAUGCUCCUGACAUUGAAGAAAAUGUCCUUCACCAUUCCUCACACAUCCCUCAUAGCACUUACAUACGGCGAGAAAGCGCAAUGUCCGCAGCAUCUGAAUCGGCGGACAAUGAACCACAAAUAGCCGAUGUCCGUGGUUUCAUUCAGUUAGAUACGAUGUCCGCAGAUGAAACUUUCGCUGCCCACAGCGAAAGGAGAAAAUCCUCCCUAUCGCCCAUUGCAGAUAUUCGUGGCUUUGUUCCAGUCAAAAAGGUAUCUGCAGAUUAUACCACGAGUGAAAGCGAGAAAAUAAAAAUGUCGUUAGCACCAAAGGCUUCCGAAGACACAGUCGGCGAAAAAUCGUCGGAGACAACUGUAGAGCCGGCAGUUGAUGAUAUCUGCUGUUCUUUACCAGUCUCUGACGUAGAUUCUGCUGCUGAGGCGCCGUCAUCCACAAAACCUCAGAAAAAAGGGACCUCAGAGGAAACACUAAAGGAAUGUGAUGACGAGCUGCCAGAGCUACCGAUUAUCGGCGCACAUGCAGCCUACGAUUUAGGUAGCCGCCCACCUCCGACGACCCGGCGCGAAACGUAUUCAGCUCUGGACUCGAGCGAACCAGAGAGAAAAGUGUCUACCUCAGUAGUGCUGAAAGCAGCCCGCGAGAAGGUUGAAGCACUCUCCCAGUUCAGAAACGAGGAUUCAGACAAAGUAGAGCAACAUGCAUUGCCGGCCGAUGUCCCGAUCAGCGUCCGUGCUUUGAUUCGGCAGAUGAAUUCACAAAAUCAGCCGCGCAUAAUUACUCCUGCUCCGAAGGAUUUGUUGAUUGCUCGUCAAAGGGAAGAAGUUUCGCAGUUUGUGGCUCCCGAAUCUAGCCAAGAGACACUUACGUACGUCGAAGCGCCGCCGGUGCCACCAGAUGCGCAAGCGGAAGCAUUGCCAGCGGAGACGCCAGUAGAGACCACAACCAUACCUGUUCCACCCCCAGAACCUAAUUUUCCGACCUACGCAGUACCUCGAUUUAAGCCGCUCGUAAAAGUGCCACAAGCUGACGUUGCUGAUUUGGAAGGCUUGAAGAGUUCUGAGGACGCAAAGCCAGACGCAGGGCCUGCCAUGGCUAGUAAAAGAAUAGAACAUUUCCCAAUGGUCGACGAGAAGUGGAAACUGAUCGGCCUUCUCGCGUCUGAGGAGGCGAAAAAGAACGCGGGCGUGCGCAGGGCUUCAGAUGGCGCCGGCAGCGUGGCACCCUCCGAGACAGCUGAUGCAAAGGACUCCGAAGGAAUGCGCUCUCCAUGGAAGCUCAAGCCUGCCCCCAAGAAGGGUUCAGAAGACGAGUAUUUUGAGAGUCUCAAGACAAACAAAAAAGAGGCCAUUCCAUGGAGCACAAAGCCUUCCGAGAACAAAGCAAAGCAAAAGAAAGCACGGACAGCGGACCAAGCGUUGGCUCCGCCGGAACACCUCCCCAAACCAGAAGACCACAAACAAGAAGAAAUAACAUUGAAACCUGCGGUUAGCGAACAGCAAGCACACUAUCAGGUGAUGGAAGAGCCGAAACAGUCCGAUAAAAUACAGCUUGCGGCACUAGAAGCAAUGCCUAGAGAAUCUUUACUAAAAGGAGCUGCGCUUCAUGUGCCGUUGCUGCAGGACGCAAGAAUACCCGGUUCAUCAUUACAACAGCAGCCAAUGUCGCUUCACACAGAAGUUCGGCACUCAAUGUUGAAACAGCCUUUGAUGCGAUCAUUGCUCCAGGAAUCAGUUGCAACACCACCUAAAGUACCCUUGAUUGCACCGCAACCCUUGCACAAAGAGGAAGUUCCGACCAGGAAGGGCCUCGAAGCGUCCGUGUCCGAUGUGAAACCUCCUACAGAAGUAACUAAUGUUAUGCCACCAAGGAAUGCUACAAUUGACAGCUCAGUUAGCGCUAAGGAAUUUGCAGAUGAAGACAGUCUUGAAGGUUCUGUGAAAUCUGUAAAGAGAUUGAUAAAAGCUAAAGACCGUCAGCUUAUGAUAAUGAGGUCCAGCCAGGGACAAAGUGUAGGCCCCGACGACAGCUUCAAGGUUGUUUUAAACAUUGAUACUCCGAAGUCGGAACGCAUUGUUUUCAAACAUGAAAUACCGCACAAUUUCGGGAGUACUUCGACGCAGUCAGGUGCUCACAAGGUAGACUACUUUUGGGAAGCAACACCAAAACCCACUCCAGGUCCUUUUGUAGAUUCUGACGAUUACGAUCUCACAAAAGAAGGAAGCGGUAAGCUAUCCAGAGAACCCAGCAAUGCCGAGACUGUGGUUGCUCAUUGGAGCUACUCGCGAAAGCUGUCAAAAUCAAGAAGUGCCUGCGAAGUGGACAAAUCGAAUACGUCGCUAUUUUCUUUCGUAGCACCGAAACAGCAAAAACCCAAGACUGCAGCAUCUGCAGAGGCUAACCAACAAAUGCACUUUUCUCAUUACGAACAUUUGCCGUGCGCUUCAUUCAACGACAAGGCGAUGAAGACAGAAAGUCAGUCGUAUAGCGUGGUUUCAAAGGCAAAUACCGCUGUAAAGACAAUUCCUGGAAGCGGGGUGGGGUGGUCUAAUGAAGACGGCACACCGCAAGGACAAGACCAGCCUGGUGGUCAAGAACAUGGUAAUGUCGGUAACGACAACGCGGACGCCAGUGCGGACUGCAACGCGGACGGCGAAAUGGUCACAAAAGAAGAGUUGGAGCGCUAUAUGAAGAUAGCAAGAGACCUCAAGCUCAGACGUGGGUCACUAAUGCCACCCUCGGGGACACUGCAGUCGUCGGAACCAGUAGGCGUGGGAACAAAGAAAAAGCCCAGUCUCGUGAUGGAAACAAGGAUAGAGCUGUACGGCAAAGGCCACGUCACCUUCUCUUUCGACGCGGUGGCAGAAGAGGGAACUGUCACGGGUAGCAUGUACCAGGAUGACUCGCAAGGCAGUCUCGUCCGGCGCGGUGCACCCUCGAUGACUCACACACCGAAAAGGAUGAGCAUCGACGUGCGUGCUCCACCGGCCACACCAGCACCUUCGAUGGAAGCCAUCUCGAAGCGCUCUAAGUCGGUCGAUUUCGGCUACAACAACGACGACGAGAGCAUGCAGUACGAGCCUCAGGAGCCGCCGAACGCCGUCAGCCAGGCUGCCAGAAGGCGACACUCUGAGCACAUCAAGGCUCAACCUGGAGAAGAGCUCAAAAAGCGGAGGCACUCGGAACCUGGUACUUUAUCCAUGUCCAAAGAUACGGGAGAGGACACGUCUAAGGCCUUGUCUGCCACCGACUACCAGUCGGAGCCCACUGUGGUUGCUGAGGACUACCAGGCGCCUCAUGCACCAUGCGCACCAUGCGCGCCCUGCGAAGUACUGCAAGAAGCGGAAGAUAUGGCCACCGCGGCAGUAGCACUGGCGGCUUUCGAAUCUCAGAUGCGCAAGGCACCGCUUGCCAGCGAAGAAACCAUUUCGGUGCACUCUCUUCUCGCCGAAGCGCCUGCGCAAACUGCAUCUGAAAUGAGUGCAGCGGCAAAAGAGCCAGCGCCGCCUGCCAGUGAAGAAACCAUUUCAGCGCUGUCUCUUCCCACCGAAGUACCCGCGAAACCUGAACUGACUGCAGCGCCAAAACAGCCAGUGCCUCUUGAAGAAAAGGUUUCCAUGCAGUCUUUUCCCACAGAACCACCCGCAAAAACUGCGGCUAUGCCGGAAGCAGUGUCAAGGCAGCAGCCUCUUGAGCUGGUGGAAAAAGCAGAAGAGAGGCCCGGCUCAGCGCUUUCCAUGAGAACUACGUCACCAGGAGUGGUGAGCGACGAAGAUCUGUCCGGCUACGCAACCUGCGAAUCGCGCAUGGGCGCAAAGUCUUCCGAGGCGCAGAGCACGGAAGACGUGCUGACGCAGGAGCGCAAGAUUGCAGAGUUUCCUGUGAAAGUUCAGAUGGCGCCACCACAACCUUUAGCGACAGGGUUCCCCGAGGAAGCUGAGCAAAAAUACGAAGUGGAACGGGUACCUGCUGUAGAGGCUCCGAUUCCAGUUGCGUUGGACACUCCAGUGGGACGUGAAGAAACUAAACACGAGAUGGCAGAACCACCAGCUAUGGAAGAAAUUAAGCAGGUGUCAGAAGUUCCUGUCUUUGAGGAGCCGAAAGAAGCGGAGCAGGAUGUAACUGUAGCCCUGGCUGCAAAAAAACAGGAAUCUGAUGUACCAGAAAGGUUACCUAUUGAAGUAAAACCACCAGUAGAAGCAGCACCGAUGACUGAAGCAGCGCAGAUAUUACAAGCUCCUACUGUAGAGACCUUUGAACAUAAAACAACAGAUUCGGCUAUUCUAGAAGCUAAACCAGCCAGUCAAAUAACCGCAGAAGAGGAGACAAAACAGGUACUUGAAGUUCCCCCCAAGGAGGAGCCAUUCACAGAGCGAGAAAGAGUUGAAAUGUCAAAAGAGACAGCGGAAUCAAAGGUGAAUUUAGAAAUACCGGAAUUAGAAUUUCAACCAACAUCAGAAGCAUCGACUGCAGAAGAAAAAUCAUUGUCGCACGCACUGGUUAUGGAAGAAACGGCAGCAAUUCCUGAACUGCUAACUGCAGAAGGAGCAAGACAGGCAUCGGAAGCAGCAGCAGAAGGCGAACAGAAAAUAGUAGGGCCAUCGACAGCGGAAGAAAAGAAAACGUUAUCAGAGAUAGUGGCUCCGGAGGGAACAAAAGCGUUGUUGCAAGCAUCACUCUCUGAAGGACUCAAUGUGGUAUCAGAGGUUCCUUUUGCACCAGUCACGGAAAAAGUUACGCCUAAGAUAGAGCCACCUGCUGCAGCUGCAGAGGAACAGAUGUCAGAUUCACAGAUUAGCGUUAUCACAGAGUGGAAAGUGAAGCCGGUUGAAGCUCAUCACUCUGAACAGCCCCAAGCAAUGCCAAAGGCGACUACAGCAGAUGAACGAAAACUCGUGGAGACCCCAGCCGUGGAAACUGCCGCGGAGGAAACGCACGUAAUAAUGGAGGCACCAGUCAUGGAACAGCCGGUACACAUAUUACAAGAGUUGAAACCUGCUCUGGAAAAAACAGAAGAGAUAGCAGAGCCACCAGUAGCUGUAGAAUUGAUGCAUAUAUCAGAAGCAGCGGCACAGGCUGUGCAAGAGACAAAAGAGAUAACAGAGGAACCAGUCUCUGAAGAAUUGAUGCCUGCAUCUGAAGCGCUCCAACUGGUUGCGGAAGAAACGAGAGAGUUAGACACAAGACCGGUCACGAGAGACUUGGAACCAGUGUUAGAAGCAGCGGUGACGGCCGCGGAAGAAACAAAAAAGACUACAAAGGAAGCAGUCACGGGUCAAUCGAAGCCCACAUCUAAAACGCUGAAAUUGGCUGCAGAAGAAACAAAGGAGUUCGAGGCAGCACUGGUUGGAAAUGACUUUGCACCUGUGUCAGAAGGAGCCGUACCAGCUGUGGAACAAACCAAAGAGAUAACGGAGGUACCAAUGGAAGAAGAAUCGAAAUUCACAUUAGAAGCGCCCACACAAGCUGCGGAAGAAGCAAAAGAGUUAGAAGCAGCACAGGUCAUUAAAAGCUUGGAACCAGGGCUAGAAACAGCGGUGCCGGCUGUGCAAGAAACAAAAGAAAUAACAGAGGCACCAGAUGCGGGAGAAUUAAUGCCCACAUCAGAAGCACUCGUGUCGGCUCUCGAAGAAACGAAAACGAUAGCAGAGGCACCUGCUCCAGAUGAGCUGACACAUUUGUCUAGCUUACCGGGUGUACAAUUGCAAGAUGUAAAACCACCAGCUAUAUUAGAGCCAUCAGCCACAGAAGAAACGAAAGCAAAAGUUGCCGUAACAUCUCAACUAGAGGGGGAAGGUGUACCAGAAGUACCAGUUAUGGGUGAAGCCACGCGCGAACUAACAGAAGCAGCCGCUGCAGAGAUUAAGCCUUUGUUGGAGGCACCGACUGCGGAGCUUCAGCAUACCGAAGAAUCAGUGUCAGAAAAGCCAGUCGUAAAAGAAACACGACUGCUGACAGAGGUGCCAAAGCUAGAAGCAACACAGGUACCAGAGCAACCAAUCGCUGAGCCAGAACAGCGAGAAACUGCUAGAAAACUGGUGACGGAAGUGGCCAGAGAUGAGCCUGGAGCAGUAGUCGAGCUAAUGGAGACACAAGUUGGCAUACCUGAUACUACUACACUACAGCAAUCACCGCCAAAUGAUAUUGUUGACCAUAAACCGUGGUCUGAAGAACUGGAAAUACCAGAAGAGCAGAUACCUGGUAUGGAUGCUGUCGAGCCUACUGAGAGUAUGCAAGAUAUCAGGGCAAGUCAUAAAGCAGACUCUUACACCGAACCAGAAGAACAAGGACCAAGACGUCGUUCGUAUUCAUACCUUGGCAGGUUCCCUCCACCAACUUGUGUCCUUGAAGACCUUCGCGAGAAAGUACAGAAAAGUGGAGAGCAGGAAGAGCUUCGUCCAAUAGUAGACACCACGGUGGCCACCGCAGUAGAAUUGGGGCAUCCCAACGAAGUUAGCCCGCUUACUACCGCAAGGGAACUACAGGAAUCCAAACCUGAAGUUCCUGCCGUAGAGAAGCAACUAGAGCAAGCUGCUCCAAAAGACAUGCUUGAGAAGACAGAGGAGGUGCUGAAAAAGCCGUCGGUGUAUACAUCAUUCCCGAAUUACACGAAACUUACAUCAUCAGGCAUAACGGAAGCUGUAAAGACGCACGAAGUAGCACACAAAACCACGAAGUCAGAGGAAAAACUGGAAGCUACCGUGCCCUCAACGGCAUCCUUACCGAUUCUGGAGACAAGACUGUUGCCCGAAAUUUCACGAGAUACUUUUGUAAUGCCAGCAGUUUCACAGCCAACCACAGAACGCCACGUAAGCGAAACGGUACCAAAAGAUGAUGAGCUUACAUCUACUAUCGAAGCAACUAAAGCUGAUAUUGAACCACCAUCAGGAAGAGCGGGAAUUAUCAAAGCAGUAGGAAAGCUAGAAGGGGCGGCUUCAAAAAAUGCAUUGGAAGAACCUUCAACACCUCCCUCGCCAAUUUUGGAUACAAGACUUGUCCCUAAAGAUUCGCAAGAAGGUUUUGUAAUGCCAGAACUGUUACAGCAAUACAUAAAACUCCAAGUAAGCGAAAAGGCAUUGAAAGAUGAAGAAAAGGUUGAUGAGGUUGUUCCCGAAAUUGAAACAACAAAAGCUCAAGUGGAAGAGCUAUCAGAAAAAGCAGUAACUACAAAACAAGAAGAAAAGCUGGAAGAGGCCACUCCAACAAAGGGCCUCGAAGAACCAAAAGGCCACGGCUUAAAGUCUACAGAAACGGGAUUGCAAGUAGCAGCUGCGGAUACUGCACCAACAUCUGAUUUGGCGCCUACAGAAACAUUAAAGGAGCUUGAAGAACCAGCUGCGAAAAAACCGGCAGAGGAACGAAUACCCGUACAAGAAGAAAAUCUCGCAGAGACAGCACCGACAGAGGCAACUGAAGAGCCAGAAGAUCAUGCUGUAAUUCCUGUGGAAACAAAGCUUACAAAAGAGAAAGAGACUGUGCCUGUUUCAGCUUUGCUUGAAUCUGCACCUAAAGAACCGUUAGCAGAGCCGGAAGAAUCAGCGGCGAAGAUAGAGACACUGUCCGAGGAAGCAAUACCCGCACAAGAAGAAAAGCUCGCAGAGACAGCACCGACAAAGGCAACGGAAGAACCAGAAGUUCAUGCUGUAAUUCCUGUGGAAACAAAGCUUACAGAAGAGAAAGAGACUGUGCCUGUUUCAGCUUUGCUUGAAUCUGCACCUAAAGAACCGUUAGUAGAGCCGGAAGAAUCAGCGGCGAAGAUAGAGACACUGUCCGAGGAAGCAAUACCCGCACAAGAAGAAAAGCUCGCAGAGACAGCACCGACAAAGGCAACGGAAGAAUCAGAAGUUCAUGCUGUAAUUCCUGUGGAAACAAAGCUUACAGAAGAGAAAGAGACUGUGCCUGUUUCAGCUUUGCUUGAAUCUGCACCUAAAGAACCGUUAGUAGAGCCGGAAGAAUCAGCGGCGAAGAUAGAGACACUUUCCGAGGAAGCAAUACCCGCACAAGAAGAAAAGCUCGCAGAGACAGCACCGACAAAGGCAGCGGAAGAACCAGAACUUCACGCUCUAAUUCCUGAGAAAACAAAGCCAACAGAGGAAGAAGAGGCUGGUGCUGUUUCACCUAUGCUUAAAUCUGCGCCUAAAGAACCAUCAAUAGAGCUGGAAGCACCAACGGCGAAGGUAGAGACACUGGUUGAAGAAACAGUACCCGUACAAGAAGAAAAGCUAGCAGCGACAGCACCGGCAAAGGCAACGGAAGAGCCGGAAGUUCGUCCUAUAAUUCCUGUGGAAACAAAGACUACAGAGGAAGUAGAGGUUGGGGCUGUUUCACCUUUGAUUCAACCUGCGCCUAAAGAACCAUCAAUAGAGCCUGAAGAACCAGCGGCGAAGGUAGAGACGCUGGUUCAAGAAGCAAUACCCGUACGAGAAGAAAAGCUCGCAGAGACAGCUCCGACAAAAGCAACGGAAGAGCCGGAAGUUCAUGCUCUGAUUCCUGCGGAACCUACAGCAGAAAAAGAGACUGGGCCUGUUUCAUCUUUACUUGAAUCGGCGGCUAAAGAACCUUCAAUAGAAGCGGAAGAAGAAAAAGCGGUGAAGGUAGAGAAACUGGCUGAGGAAGCAAUACCUGUACAAGAAAAAAAGCUCGCAGAGACACCUCCGACAAAAGCAACGGAAGAGCCGGAAGUUCAUGCUCUAAUUCCUGCGGAACCUACAGCAGAAAAAGAGACUGGGCCUAUUUCAUCUUUACUUGAAUCGGAGGCUAAAGAACCUUCAAUAGAAGCGGAAGAAGAAUCAGCGGUGAAGGUAGAGAAACUGGCUGAGGAAGCAAUACCUGUACAAGAAAAAAAGCUCGCAGAGACACCUCCGACAAAAGCAACGGAAGAGCCGGAAGUUCAUGCUCUAAUUCCUGCGGAACCUACAGCAGAAAAAGAGACUGGGCCUAUUUCAUCUUUACUUGAAUCGGAGGCUAAAGAACCUUCAAUAGAAGCGGAAGAAGAAUCAGCGGUGAAGGUAGAGAAACUGGCUGAGGAAGCAAUACCUGUACAAGAAAAAAAGCUCGCAGAGACAGCUCCGACAAAAGCAACGGAAGAGCCGGAAGUUCAUGCUCUAAUUCCUGCGGAACCUACAGCAGAAAAAGAGACUGGGCCUGUUUCAUCUUUACUUGAAUCGGCGGCUAAAGAACCUUCAAUAGAAGCGGAAGAAGAAUCAGCGGUGAAGGUAGAGAAACUGGCUGAGGAAGCAAUACCUGUACAAGAAAAAAAGCUCGCAGAGGCAGCUCCGACAAAGGCAACGGAAGAGCCGGAAGUUCAUGCUCUAAUUCCUGCGGAACCUACAGCAGAAAAAGAGACUGGGCCUGUUUCAUCUUUACUUGAAUCGGCGGCUAAAGAACCUUCAAUAGAAGCGGAAGAAGAAUCAGCGGUGAAGGUAGAGAAACUGGCUGAGGAAGCAAUACCUGUACAAGAAAAAAAGCUCGCAGAGACAGCUCCCACAAAAGCAACGGAAGAGCCGGAAGUUCAUGCUCUAAUUCCUGCGGAACCUACAGCAGAAAAUGAGACUAGGCCUGUUUCAUCUUUACUUGAAUCGGCGGCUAAAGAACCUUCAAUAGAAGCGGAAGAAGAAUCAGCGGUGAAAGCAGAGAAACUGGCUGAGGAAGCAAUACCUGUACAAGAAGAAAAACUCGCAGAGACAGUAACGACAAUGCCAACGGGAGGGCCAGAAGUUCAUGUUCCGGAGUCUGUGCAAAUAAAAGAUUCAGCAGAGACAGAGACAGAGGCUGUUGCGCCAGUUCUGGAACUGGAGCCUAAAGAAACAACAAAGCAAACCGAAAGACAGGUUCCAAGUAAAGAAAAAACAACCGACGAAAAGGAACAACUACCACAAACACUCGAGGUAGUUCCAGAAGUGCCCAAGGAAGAGGUCAUCGCUGCAUCUGUGCCAUCUGAGCCAGUUGCGGGCGAAGAAAAGUCAUCGGCUCCACCACCCCCGCAGGAGCCCGUAGCUUCUGUAAGUGGGGAAGGCGUGUCAGCAGAGCCAGACAAGAAAUCACCAGAUUCCAGCCUGGAAGCCGUUGCAGCUCCCAAGAUUAAAGAAACAGAAAUUUCUGAAGAGCCUGCUCAAGAAAUGCUUCAGCUGAAUGUGAUGAUCGAAAUAAGUCCAGCUUCAUUGCAGGAGCCUGAAAAGAAAGAAGAGGGUGAGGGUGAAAAGCCAACUGCCGCCGCAGCAUCCGAGAUCGAAGAGCACGCAACAAAGGAGGGCGAAAGUGCUGAGACAGCGCAAGCGAAAACUGAAGCGCCAGAAACACCCGAAGUUGUUCUCGACGAAGAAAAACGGGUUCGCGAGAUACUGGAGUUUGAAAUGAACCUCUGCAGAGCACGCAACCUCGGUAGCGCACUGCCGAAAGCCGAAGAGCUCUUGCACGUUGGUACGCCAGUUAGUGAGCCUGCGGAGUCUGCGGAGCUGGCGCUCCUUGAGGAAAAGCUUUCUCAGCCUCCAGGAACGUCGGCGGUCCCCACGGAAUCUCCUAAAGCUGACACGCUGGCACCGUCUACACAAGAAGGUGGCCAAGCAGACACAGAACCGGCAGAGCCGAUUCUCGACGCUUCAGAUUUCAACAAAGGACCUAUGUCGGACUGGGAAACGGAGCUGCAGCAACUCAGGGACUCCAGGCUUCAUGGUGCGCCGUACAGGGCAGGCGAGCAAGGAAAAGCACUACCGGCUGACGCGGCCGUGGGUGCUCGAAAGUUCAUUUUUCCGGAAGGCGAGGGCAAGAAAGGUCCUGAGGAAAAGCAAGUUACCAUUCCACCAGAGGCUGAGAGUGGCAGCCCAGGACCUGCCGCGCCAUCCCAGAGUGGCUUAACCCAGCGCGAGUCUGUCGUCAUUGUCUACGAGAGCGACACGCUCGGAAUGAUUACGCCCGACUAUGAAAUUCGGCUGAAGAACGAGCGCGAGAUUCGUAUUAGACCACCCGAACAGCCUGACACAUCUGCGCAGCCACAUGAAGGACCACCGAGAUCAUUCCUUCGACUGGACGCGGAUACUGAGGGAGGGUACCCCAAGUCCCCAGUUAUCCACCACGUGAGUUUCACGAGAGAAGAGGGCGCUCCUCUUGGUGAAAAACCAGAGCAUGUGAAAGAAAAAGAAGUCAAACCUUCUAUGCUAAGCCUUCCCGAAGGAACGCUGGAUACAGAACAAGUUGCAGAACCUGUGCCGUCAGCUUCAUCCUUCGCUUCGGCAGCAGGUGCCGGGCCCGAUGAAAAAAGGAAAUUUCUUGGUGCAAAAGAACAGUCUGCUGACGAAGCGCACCCCCAAGACGACGGCCUUUCGAAGGUACCCAUUAGUGCUGCUGAAAAAGAAAGUGAAGUCAUGCCAGAGCAUCGUGGUGUCGAAACUCCAGAAGAAAAAGGGAGUGCUGAGCCAAAACCAGAAGCCGAUAUUUCUUCACGUGUCUUUCUUCCAGCCCACAAGGCCUCGACGGAAGGCGAAUCUGGGCCGACAGCAGAAGGCGAGGCUCCGGCACCUGACAAGGUGAAAGGAGAGGAAGCUCCCCGCACUUUCCUGUCAGCCAAGGAGCAAUUGCCGCCGGAAGCCGGAAUACAGCCGAACGUGGAAGACAAUAUUGCUCAGGAAGCAUGCGAAGCCAUGGUUUUAUCAGAGCAGCAGCCCGAGGAGAAGGCGGAAACACCCAAAGAUCAAGACACACUGCUCUUACCAAAAGAUGAGCUCCAUCUCAUGGUGGAGCGACAACCUGAGAAAGAAAUCGAACCUUCGAAGACAGAUGAAACAAUGAUCAUUGUACCUAGAGAGGAGCUCCCCAGUGGUGCGCGAGCGACACCGCCAAGCGACGUCGAGGCACCCCAGCGUGUGGCAGCCGAGGUAAAAACCGCAAAAGUAGCUGGAGAGGAUGAAGGGAAAGCACCGAGCGGAGACCUCGUUGAGCUUACCGAGGUCAGACAAAUAGCACUGCCAACAGACGAGAGCCAAGCGUCCGUUUCGAGGGCUCCUGUCGUAGAGCAAGUCGUGAUUCCGGUGCACAAGAGACCCUCGGACACCGAAAAGCCCGACGCCUCGGUCAUCUCCGCCAUAGAGCGGGACCUGGUAUCGGCAGCGGGCCCACCUGUGGAAGAGCCCAAAAGAAGCAUCCCUAUGUCCAAGGACGACUUGCACCAUGCCGUCAGCUCUGACUGGGACGUCAUGUCUAGGGAAUCGCUGCAGGGAAGGCCCGGCACCAGGACGGCCGACACACAGACUGAGCUGUCCACUGAUGUCAGGAGCAAGGACGUGCGCGAGGCCUCGACGUACGCAUUCCUUUCUGAAGAGACUGAGGAGGUCAGAAGGGCGCCAGACGACUACCUGCCGCUCUACUUGCACCGGGUGACGCUUAACGACAAGCCUUCGAUAGCGGAGAUGAUGCGCAAGCUGACGCCGGCGAGCGAGGAGUGGGAGGAAGCGGUGCCCAUGAACUGGAAGGUCAACCCGGCCAAGGAUCUCGAGAAGUGGCCGUCGCACUGCAUGCAAGACGUGCGCGCUCCCACCAUCGUCCUGCUCGGGGGCAUCAACCUGUCGGCGCUGGGCGAAGUGCUCACGGGCUGCCUGAUGCUGCGUUACAACCUGGAGGAAAACGAGUGGCGUCGUUGCAACAUGAUGCCGCUGCCUCGCUACGGCCACCGCUGCGUAUUCCUCAACAAUGAAAUUUACGUAAUCGGAGGCUUCGACAACCGAGACGCGACAUACGGCUUGCGUAUGUCGACCAGUUUCUGCUUUCGCUACCACACCCAGACCGGCGAAUGGAACGUCGUGGCGCCACUGAGGCACGCUCGGGGUUACCACAACGUAGCCGUGCUCAACAACGCCAUUUAUGCUGUCGGCGGAGUCGACGCCAAUGACCUGCUCUUGUCGAGCGUCGAGCGCUACGACCGCGAGGAAGACGUUUGGGUGGUGCUGGAGAAGGGCCUGUACUGCGGUCGCAUGGGCAUGGGAGUGGCCGCCUUCCAGGGCUGCCUCUGGGUGGUCGGCGGCAUCGUGCAGAUCGCCGGUCUGCAGACCUGUUCCACGGCAUACGUCGAGAUCUACAACCCCGCAACAGACCAGUGGACGUACGCGGCCAACUACCUGCCCUCGCCGCGCACAUGUGUGUCGCUGCUGAACGUGAACGACACAGAGCUGUACUGCUUCGGCGGCAUAUUCUACAACUGCGUGGGGCCGACGCGCAAACUGCUCACAAUUGACGACAUCCUCGUCUACUCGGACAACAAGAAAGUCUGGCGCCAGGUGGCGUGCAUGCCGACUCCCCGACACAAUGCCCACGUCCUCCAGCACCAGAACCAGGCGUACAUCAUCGGGGGCCAAGACGUGGAAAAGCCCGACCACCCGUUGAGCAGCGUCAUCAAGGCGGCCGUGCCCACCGAGAAGUUCGCCUGGGGCCCGCUGAAGGACGUCCCGCUGCCCGUCUCGGCCUAUGCGGCGGUCGUUCUACCACCCAUCGAGGAGGAACCGCAGUCGGGUCACGCGUGAAGCCCCGCCGCCGGCGCAAGCUGCUGCCGACGGCCCAAAGUGGCACUGGGCCGCCACAGCCAGAAUGCAGCGGAGAACAUGAGCGCAUAAAUUCUGUUGUUGAAACUCU